CUGCAUAAAUUUUUGUCGAGAGUCUCUACGACUCAGAAUUGAACUGUCCAUAUCGAGCGUCAUCACUUUUUUGUUUAUUUGUUUGUUUUGUUUUGUUUCCUCCCUUUGAUUUACACCAUUUGUUAAACAGUGUACAACACGUUUUUUUUUAUUAUUUUUAUUUCUGUAAAUACACCGGAAUGGAACUUAAUUCUCUUCUACUUCUUCUUGAGGCAGCAGAGUAUUUGGAAAGAAGAGACAGAGAAGCUGAACACGGUUACGCAUCUGUUUUGCCGUACGAUAGCGACUUUUCCAGAAAGAAAACUAAAUUAUCUCCUAUUUCAAGAAAAACCCACAACAAUAGGUCAUCACACAAUGAGUUGGAAAAACACAGACGUGCCAAACUGCGAUUGUACCUGGAACAGUUGAAACAGCUUGUGCCUUUGGGUCCUGAUAGCACCCGUCACACCACACUAAGCCUGCUCAAACGCGCCAAAAUGCACAUCAAGAAGCUGGAGGAACAGGACAGAAAGGCUCUAAACAUGAAGGAGCAACUGCAGAGAGAACAUCGCUACCUCAAACGGCGCCUGGAGCAGCUCUCUGUACAGGGCUUAGAGCGCAUUCGCACUGACAGCAUGGGCUCCACCAUCUCCACUGACUCUGAGCAAGAAGUGGACGUUGACAUAGAGGGCAUGGAGUUCACACCAGGUGAGGGUGAUAGCGUGGACAGUGUUAGCGAUGGUGAGGACCACUACAGCCUGCAGAGCAGCUCCAGUGAUGGAGGCCACCAUUCACAUUCCCACAGAUUACAGGCUCACAUCUGCUAGGCCGUGUCAGACCGCAACAGUGUGUCACCUCCAACAUACCCAUCAGCCACUCCCAGCUGGCAGGAAGCACCUGGCUGAUUUCCACUCCUCAGAAAACUCUCUCCCCUCUCAACCCUCCCUAACCCCACAAAUACACACAGACAAGCAAUAUGUGGUUUUAGUAAGAAUAUGUGGUGUGGUAAUGCAGUUUUAACUUGUCUGUUCUGCUGUGUAUGUAUGAGAAACCGUGGCUCUGUUCCAAAACCUAGUAACUGCCUAGCUGUCUAUCGCCUACAUAAACAUAGUAUCCGAACUGAAAAGGAAAAAAUAAACUCUACAUAGGUUUGCUUAUGUGUACAAGGCAGCAUGGGUUUCCUGUGUACUUUUUGGCUGCGUUUACACUUGCACAAAUCCAAUUUUUUUAUUAACUCACAUCUGACAUAGAUCAGAUAUUGAUAUCACACAUGUAUAAACACAAAAAUUUGCAUCCAUUCUGAGCCACUUUCAAAUGUAGUUUUAAAUCAGAUAUAUGUCACGGUGCGGUUAGGAAAAACACCGUGUAAACAAGGGUCUGGGUCCAAGUGCAGGUUUUAUUCGACUGCAGGGAAAAACAAAAUCAAAACCAAAACAGAAAACAAACAGAGCUAAGACUCUGAGACACAGGCUUGCGACAAGGAAGGGAAUCUGAUGCAAUACGGCCACGUAGAGCUUGCAUCAGUCCACACAUCACAGUUCGUACAACAACUACAACCAGUAACAAUCACAAACAAUUAUUAAUAAUCCGCCCAGAGAGGCGUGGGGAAGGCGUAUAAAUAGCCCUCAGGAUGGGCAACAGCUGUGCGUGAGUGAGUGUGUGCACAGGUGUGUGGAGUCAAGGUAACGGAGACCGGGAGGAUGGGAAGUGGCGACCUCUGGUGGUGAGAGGGAGAACACCAGACGCCAGACCCUGACAGGACCCCUCCUCUAAGGAACGGCUUCCAGACGUUCCAGAGCGCCCACCCAGGGGAACGGCCGAGCGGGGAUGGAGUAGGGGGAGGGAUGGCCCAGGUCCUUGUGGUAGCGGGGGACCUGAGGACUGGGGCAGAGCCGGUGGAAUGGGCACCCAGGGCAGAACCAGCGGCCCCCACAGCGGUGCUUGUGGUGCUGCCGCCUUGAAAAGAACGGAGGCUAGUUCCACCGCCGCUUCCGGAGCCUUGUGAGCGGGCACCGCU